UAGAUAUUCGUUUGUUCUAGACAAGGACUGUCUACGUAGUUGUCAAAAUUAAUGCAUAAAUUGGUUAUGAUAUUUACGAUUAUGAGAACGACUUAUAACGCAAUUUUUUUAUAAUUUACACGAAAAUCGUGUAUAUGUAUGAGCGUGUAUAGAUAGGAGAUUCGAGAAUUUGACGGAGAUAAUUUUUACGAACAAUAAUGUUGAACGAUAAUGUUGAACGAUUGGAUCCGGAAAAAGUUGGAUGCGGCUUUAGCGCGUUCAGGGAGAUAGACGAAGUUAUGACUCUGACGACGGAAUUGAGAAAGCCGGAUUUACCACCAAGUCUCGUCGAGAGAAAUAGGGAUCGCUUCAAUUUCAUUCUGUCUCAGUACCAGGAUCAGCCUCAGCUAUUGGAUCCUUAUCUCGAGAAGAUUUUGGAUUCCCUGCUAUCGAUUAUCAGGGACAAUGAUUGUGCGGAAAGCAUUAAACAUAACACGUUUAAAUAUUUAUUUAUUAUCAUGUCUGUGAAAACGUAUAAAAAGAUUGUUACUUAUCUUCCACACGAGGUAGUGGAUCUAUUACCUGUAUUGAGAAUGCUUGAAAAGCAAGACCCAAAUGAUGUAGAGACAUGGGAAACCAGAUAUGUUUUGCUCGUAUGGUUAUCUAUUAUUUCCAAAAUACCAUUUCCCCUUUGUCGCUUAGAGACUUCUGAGAAUGUAGAUUUAGAGCAAACUAUUAUUGUCAGAAUUCUAAAAAUAUGUAAACUGUAUUGCUUAUCAAAAGAUGCAUGUGCUGUAGCAGCUGUGUUCUUAAUAGCAAAUUUUUUGACAAGAUCAGAUGUCAAGAAAUUAUACUUGGAAGAGAUGAUCAUGUGGUGUUUUAAGAGUAUAGAAAAUGAUCCUUUGAGACAUGGGCCUCUGGCUGUAAUAGCUUCCAUAUUAAAACAUAGUGCUAGGGAAGAUGUCAAGCCGUACAGUCAACUGCUUCUCGAUAAUAUAUUGAAACUUCGAAUAAGUGACAAUCCUACAGAUCUUAUUAGAAAGUUUGGAACAAAAGUUGUUCAGCGCAUAGGUUUGGUAUUAUUGAAAACAAAACUAGCAUCCUGGCGAUAUCAGAAAAUGAAUCGGCCAAUCAGUAUUAUGCCUAAUGUUCAAGUAAAUAUCGAAAAUAUGGAUAGUGUUACUGAUAUUAAGGAAGUUAUUUCAAAUGAUAAUGAAGAUCAAGAAAUUCCCUCAGCCAUCGAAGAUAUAAUAGAACAACUUAUACAAAGUCUUCGAGAUAAAGCGAUUACUAUAAGAUGGUCUGCGGCAAAAGGUAUCGGCAGGAUAACUGCGAGAUUACCGAUAGACUUAGCCGAUGAUGUAUUGGGUUUUGUGUUGAAUCUGUUUUCCGGGCGUGAAUCAGAUUCGGCAUGGCACGGUGGUUGUUUAGCACUCGCGGAACUGGGAAGACGUGGCCUAUUAUUACCAUCAUCAUUGAGCAAUGUCAUUCCCGUAGUUUUGCAAGCCUUAGUCUUUGACGAACCUAGAGCUUACGGAUCCAUCGGUUAUCUGAUUAGAGACGCCGCUUGUUAUAUAUGCUGGUCUUUCCCAAGAGCCUAUGACCCGCAUGUUUUCGAACCUUAUGUCAAAGAAAUCGCGGCAAUGCUAUUAGUGGUGACAUGCUUCGAUAGAGAGAUAAACUGUAGGAGGGCAGCAUCCGCCGCAUUUCAAGAAAAUGUUGGCAGGCAAGGCAACUUUCCACACGGUAUAGAUAUAUUGACUGUCGCAGAUUAUUUUGAAGUUGGUGUAAGGAGUCAUACAUAUCUCAAGAUCAGUGUCCAAAUCGCGCAGUACGAAGAAUAUACGAAGCCUUUGAUAGACCAUUUAGUUGCGAAAAAGGUUACUCAUUGGGACACUGCAAUUAGAGAACUUUCAGCUAGAUCGCUUUUCAACUUGACAGCAGCUGAUCCACAUUAUAUAAUAAACACGGUACUACCAACUCUAUUGGACCUGCUAAGUUCUAUCGAUUUAAAUGUUAGGCAUGGUGCAGUAUUAGCUACUGCAGAAAUUCUUGAAGCUUUGUACAAUCAUUUUAAUGAUAAAAUUGAAAAUAUUAUUGGACCUACGGCCGUAGCCGAUAUACAGGAUGUAAUAAGAACUUUCAGAAAUAGAGGACAAUUUAAAGGGCUUGGUGGAGAGUUGAUGAAACAAGCUUGUGCUAUGCUAAUAAAAAAAUGCUCCAUUGUUCAUUUUCCAAUUCAUUUAACAGAUGUUGUAGAUGACUGGCAAAAACUAUUGGAAGAAUGCUUGAGUCAUGAGGUAUCGGCAGUUAAAUUAAAAGCAGCUGAAGCACACACAAAUUUCUUUGUAGAAUAUUAUGCAGAUAUCGAUUAUGAUACCCGAAGUACUGUGAUUAAUCGUUAUUUAGAGUCCCUGCGAUCGAGCCAUCAGCCCAUUAGAAUAGGCUUUGCACAGGCGAUAGGUUAUUUUCCGCUAUUUGUAAUUCGUGAAAGAGUGAAAGACAUCAUAGAAGCAUUAAUCGCGUGUACUCAUAUAUCCGAGAAUACAUCGAAAUGGGCGGAAAGUAGGAAAGAAGCUUUGCACUCUCUAACAAUGAUAUUGCAAACAUUAGGAAUUGAUGAAGCAGACAAGUGGCGACUGUUUGUACCAGAUCUCUAUAAUUGUUACCUAUUAGCCCUUAAGGAAUAUACAAUAGAUAGUCGUGGAGAUAUAGGCGCUUGGGUGCGAGAAGCAGCUAUGAUUGGAUUACAUGUAUUGACCAACCUAAUAUCGCAAGCAAAACUAUCGUCCAUUUUGAAUGAGAACUUGAUGGCUAGUAUAAUCGGUGGUAUCGCACAGCAGGCAGUCGAAAGGAUAGAUGGAAUUCGAGCUCAGGCUGGUAUUGUAUUUAGUGCGCUUAUACACAGCGAUCCACCACUUCCGAAUAUUCCGUAUCACGACGAGUUAAAAGCUAUAUUUCCCUAUAACGAAUGUAAGGAAACUAUCGAAUGGAGAAUGGAAUCUGCAACAUUUCCACGAUUUAUUAAGAUGUUAAAUUUCCCGCCGUAUAAAAUAAAUCUGUUGCGCGGAAUUAUAUUCAGCGUCGGUGGCAUAAGCGAGUCUUUGGUAAAAUACUCGAGUGUUUCUUUGUUUACUUAUCUACAAGAGAUUGACGAGACCGGAUUGAGAGAUCUAUGCGAGAAGAUAUUAAACAUAUUUGAGGAAAGUCAUAAAAACGAAAGGAUGAUAAUAUCGAUGUUUGCUUUCUUGGAUCGUUUAUUGAGUUCAGGUUGCAUUCAAUCUGUCUUGGAUGAUGCAAAUAAUACUAUCUCAGAACGUAUAUUAGUACUAUUAAAACACGAAAUAAAAUAUUCCAGCAAUAUGAAACUGCUCAUUAGUAGUAUAAAUGUUUUCUGUCAGUUAUUACAGGUACAAGGUCCUGUUGCAGAAAGAGCAUUUUGUCAAUUAAGUAUAUUUUUGUGUCACAAAUACACAAGCUUGAGAAAGACAACAGCUAUACGUACUUAUGAAACAUUAACUCUUUAUGGAGAGGAGAUAGAUAUAGCAGAAAAAGAUUUGGCAAAUAUUCUUGCAAUAUUGAAUGCAACAGAUUGGGAACAACCAAUUGCAGAUUUACGUCCAAUCAGAAAUCAUUUGUGCGAGUUAAUGAAAGUACCUGCACCAGUUUUGCAAAUAAAAUCUACGAAUUGAGAAAGACUACUUAAUAUAUAAAGAAUCUUAAGAUUUUUUCAAAUUAUAUUUUAUUUCUUAUAUGGCAUAAAGAAUGAGACGAAAUUAAAUCAUUAAUAUGCUAAAUUAUGGCAGAGAGGUAUUAGUAUUUUUCAUAAAUUAUAUAUAGAUUAAAUUGUGUAUAUCGUUUACAAUUUGAAAAUAUUGUACAUACAUACGAAAAUACAAUUUUUUUUUUUUUAUGUAAGCUACAUGAAGUAUAUAUUUUGU